AUGAAAACAAUUCCUUGUCCUCUAAUAUUUUCGUGUGCUGGUGGGAAUUUCAACUUGUUUUCAGCUAAAUGGAUACGUUAUAUGCAAACAACAACGACAGUAUUAGGCGAACCACCACGACCAAACAUCUGUGGUACCUUUCCAGGUCCAAAGUCAAAACGAAUGCAAGUUGAAAUGGAUUUACAACAUCAAGCAGCUUCGGUGAAAUGUUUCAUUGAUUACGAGAAAUCAAAAGGGAAUUAUAUCGUCGAUGCAGACGAUAAUGUCCUUCUUGAUGUGUAUAUGCAAAUUUCUUCAUUAGCACUUGGUUAUAAUCAUCCUGAUUUGGUCAAAGCUGUUUCAGAUCCUCGCUUUGUGACAACGGCAGUAAGCAGACCAGCACUGGGAUCUUUUCCACCUACUUUUUUUGUAGAUGCUAUGAAAAAUUCUCUAGGUUCGAUAGCACCAAAAGGAUGUCCUGGCGUACAAAAUGUAUUGUGUGGGACAUCAUCCAACGAGAAUGCAAUUAAAGCGGCAUUUAUGUGGUAUCAAGCGCAAAAACGUGGUGGUAGUCCACCAACCAAAGACGAUCUGGAUUCAUGCAUGAAGCACGAAUUGCCUGGAACACCAAAUUUGUCAGUCUUGUCAUUUGAUGGGUCAUUUCAUGGUCGCUCAUUGACGGCUCUAUCAAUCACUCAUUCCAAAGCAAUUCAUAAGGUUGAUUUACCAGCUUUUCAAUGGCCUGUUGCUGAAUUUCCACGUUAUAAAUAUCCGCUUGAAAAGAAUGUUCCUUAUAAUGAACAACAGGAUCAAAAAUGUCUUGCGAAUGUAGAAGAAUUAAUAAAAAAAUGGAGAGAAACGAAGCACGAUAUAGCUGCUGUGAUUGUUGAACCGAUUCAAGGUGAAGGCGGUGACAAUCAUGGAUCUCCAGCUUUUUUUCAAGGUCUUCGCGAUAUAACUGCAAAGCAUGGCGUUGUUUUUAUUGUUGAUGAGGUUCAAACUGGUGGAGGUGGGACAGGAACCUUUUGGGCACAUGACUCAUGGAAUCUAAGCAGUCCACCGGAUAUUGUUGUUUUUGCGAAAAAAUUGAUGGUUGCUGGUUAUUUCUAUGCAAGCCAUUUACAAAUGAAAGAGCCGUAUAGAAUUUACAAUACAUGGCUAGGUGAUCCAACAAAGGUGAUCCUUCUUGAAAAGGCAUUAAAAGUUAUAGAAAGAGAUAACUUACUGGAACAGAUGCGAAAAGUUGGAGCAACAAUGCAAAGUGAACUACGAAAAAUCGAAAGUGCUAAUAAUUCUAUGGUACAAAAUGUACGAGGUCUUGGAACAUUUUGCGCAUUUGAUAUGCCUGACGGUGUUGUUCGAGAUAAAUUCCUAGAAAUAGCUGGAAAUAAUGGUUUACUUAUUGGUGGUUGUGGAAAAGCUACAAACUGUGAACAAUACUGUCUUUCAGAAAAGGAAACUAGAAUGAUCUCUCAGCUGAAUAUUACUCUCAGACAGUAA